AUGAACGUCAUCGGCAACCGACUCGCCGGUCGAGUGGCCGUGAUCACUGGAGCUGCCGGUGGCAUUGGCCGCAAGUCGGCCAUUCUGUUCGCCAAGCAAGGCGCCAAGGGCGUCGUAUGUGCAGAUGUGAACGCAGAAGCAGCUGCCGAGACUGCUGAUCUGGUCCACGAGGAGCUCAAGAAACUGGGCAAGAGCGGGAAAGUAGCCAUUGCGGUGAAGACCGAUGUGUCCAGUGCAAGGGACGUCGAGACGAUGGUGAACGUGGCCGAGAAGGAGUUUGGGGCGCUCCACGUGCUCUUUAACAAUGCCGGGAUCAUGCACAGCGCCGAUGACGACGCGGUUUCCACCCAAGAGGACGUGUGGGACCUCACGAUGAACGUGAAUGUCAAGGGAGUGUUUCUUGGCUGCAAGUACGGCAUCCCGGCCAUACGUCGUGCAGGGGGCGGGUCCAUUAUCAACACGGCCUCGUUCGUAGGGCUCCUUGGCGCUGCGACGCCCCAGCUUGCCUACACAUCGAGCAAAGGCGCGGUGAUUGCCAUGUCUCGUGAGCUGGCGACACUUCACGCUCGCGAGAACAUUCGUGUGAAUGCGCUCUGUCCCGGUCCAUUGAAUACAGAGCUGCUGCAGAAGUUUUUGGACACUGAAGAAAAGAAGCAGCGCCGGCUCGUGCACGUGCCUAUGGGUCGAUUCGGAGAGGCUGCAGAGAUGGCCAAGGCGGCAUUGUUCCUUGCUAGUGAUGACGCAUCGUACGUUACUGGAACGUCGUUCGUCGUUGAUGGUGGCAUAUCGUCGGCCUAUGUGACGAGCGAGACACACGUCAACCCGUUUGGGGGUCCUGGAGAGGUGUAA